AUGGUGAUGCUGGUGGUGCAUUUACUGCAGGAACCCCUGACAGAACUGACAGUAGCUUCAAAGAGGCUGCUGAGAUCGCAAACCCUAAUAAAAGAGAAGUGGAAUUUGAGUAGUAGUAGUGGCGCUGGUGGCUCUGGCAGCAAGGACGCGACACCGGUUCACCUCCAGCGACGGCAAGCUCGAUCGACGGCAACUGGGUGCGGCGUCGGUGACAGAAUCGGCUUCCCUUAUCUCACGCGCUUCACUGGCUUCCGUCAAUCUCUGUCAGCGUUGCUCUCCCUUUCUCCUUCAAGGUCGAAGGUAGCGAAACUAACGGCGGCGUCUACGGCAACGCAUGGCGGCGGCGGAAACACAUGGCGCCGUGCUAGUGAGGAGAGUUUUGUUGUUUUGGUUCACCACAGAGGAUCCAUUAAGAGGAAAACUCGUUCCGGUGUGAAAUUCACAGAUAAGGAUCCUCUCUGUAUUGUCGUGAGUCCUUCGACGAGCUAUGAUGACCUAGUUAGAUCUGUGCUGAUGAAACUUGGUCAGGAAGGUGCGAAGCGGGUUAAGAAGUUUUACUAUCGCAUUCCAGUAACGGUCCUCCAGGAUACCGUGAAGUAUGAUUGUUUCACAAUCAGUUGUGACGAGGACUUGCAAGUAAUGUAUCUUUGUCGGCGGCAGUUUCCGGAGGUGAGGACACCAGAGUUGUUGGCAAAGCUGGUUGAUGUGGUAUCCAGCUCAGGGGGUUCGAACUGGAAUACCACCACUUUAGCCACGGCAGCCGGUUCUAGUUCUCGGCUUGCCCUUGGUUCUUCCUCCGUCCCUGUGUACCAGCCAGUGGUCCAACCUGUCGCCUCCCCGUCUUUUGCUGUUGAUCUCAACGGCAGCGUAGGCGACGAGGUUGGUUCAAGGGAGAAUCUGCCUGACGCUUUACUGGGCGUUGCACUGGUUGGCGUUGGAGACGGAUUGUUGGGUGAUGCAGAGGAGGAUGACGUCGAGCCGGAUAUGAUUGACGAUGACAGCGGCGAUGAUAUUGGAGCGAGUGAGCCUGCAUUGGCGAUAGGUGGUUCUAGCUCUGGCACACAGCAGUAUCCACCUCAUUUUUCGUCUUUGGACUUGGAUGCCAUGAGACAGGAGGGGGUUUCUGGGCACUCUGUUGGAUUUGGAGCUAGAGAUGCGAAAGGGACUGCUGGCCUGACAGAGUUCCAGACUUACAGCAUCCGGCGAGGGGUACAGUACAAGGUAGUCGAGUCUGAUUAUCGCCCGUAUGUGGGCAAGUGUUCUGAGUUUGGGAAUGGGUGCACAUGGUUGAUUCGACUGAGUCUCCGGCAGCGCAAGGGCAUUUGGGAGGUCAAACGAUACAAUGGACCUCAUACUUGUCUUGCCACCUCCAUCUCGAGUGACCACAGAAGUUUGGAUUACCAUGUCAUAUCUGCGUUCAUUAUGCCAAUGGUUAGGGCGGAUGCAUCCGUCAGCAUCAAGGUGCUCCUGAAUGCCACGGCAGCACACUUUGGGUUUAGGCCGACUUACAGGAGGGUCUGGAUGGCGAUGCAGAAGGCUGUUGCCCUCAUCUACGGUGACUGGGAUGAGUCAUACAACGAGCUGCCUAGGUGGGUGUUAGGAGUCCAGUUGACGAUGCCUGGUACUGUUGCAGUCCUAAGGACUAGCCCCGUUCGAGUUGGAGGACAGGUAGACGAGUCUCAAGCUUAUUUUCACAGACUUUUCUGGACGUUUCCACCGUGCAUCGAGGUAUUCCGUCAUUGCAAGCCGCUAGUCAGCAUUGACGGCACCCAUCUGUAUGGCAAGUACGGGGGAAUGUUGCUCAUCGCAAUUGCACAAGACGGGAACUCCAACAUUCUACCUGUUGCAUUCGCACUAGUAGAGGGUGAGAAUGCUGAGUCUUGGGCAUUCUUUCUCUCCCACCUUCGUCAGCACGUGACACCGCAGCUGGGUCUGCUAGUUAUAUCGGACAGGCAUAACGGCAUCAAGGCUGCGCUUGAGGCUCCUGACGGAGGUUGGUUACCUCCAUCUGCAUACCGUGCAUUCUGCAUUCGACACGUAGUUGCCAACUUUGCCCUUACCUUCAAGGGCAAAGACGCACAGAGGCUUCUUGUGAAUGCGGCGUAUGCCAAGACCGAGGUUGAGUUUGAUUACUAG